AUGGCUGUGUGUGGGGGGGUCAGACAGUCGCCGAUCAACAUUGAUACUAACCAGCUGACCUUUGACCCCAGUCUCCGCAACCUCACCUUCAGUAACAUCAUUAAUCCACACAGCAUCAAGUUCCUCACCAACAAUGGACACACAGUGAGCUGUGUGUUAGAGGGCCUGAUUGAGGUGAAAGGAGGGGGGCUCCCUCAUGGCUACACGGCCGUCAUGAUGCAUUUCCACUGGGGAGGCGACUCACUGUGCCACCCAGGCUCUGAGCACACAGUGGACUCAGUCAGAUACCCCAUGGAGAUCCACCUUGUGACACUGAAGGAAGGCUUGACAUUGGAGCAGGCUAAGACUGACCCGGAGAGGAUAGCAGUGUUUGGAUUCUUCAUAGAUGUGACAGGCAACCAAUGGCAUGUGGAAUCCUGGAGGACUUUGACAUCAUAUCUGCUGAAUAUAACAGAGAAGGGUUCAUCAGUUGACAUAGUGCAGCCACUAUCCAUCAGUGAUCUGCUAGGAAGUGUGGACCUCACCAAGUUCUACCGCUACCAGGGUUCUCUGACCACCCCCACCUGCGAUGAAGUGGUGGUAUGGACCGUGUUCGAAGAGCCAAUCAAGUUACGGAGAGAUCUAGUUAGUGGUAACCUAACAUAG